GUCUCCGUGGAGCACUGAACCAUAGAGUAAUCCCCGCAAAUUAGGAACUUAAUUUGCUUGGUUCAAACCCCGCUAGGUGGAUCUAGUUUAGCUUCGCAUAGUUCUACUCACAGCAGUGAAUACAGGUGGAAUACAGAGAAUCAGCUGUGAUUUUCUGAUUAACGUAUGAAAAAGGCUGUCAUCGCGCGAGAAAAGAAAAAAUGGAGUGGCUAUUUGGAAAACGUGUUACUCCUGAGGAGAUGCUCCGAAAGAAUCAAAGAGCUCUAAACAAGGCGAUGCGAGACUUGGAUAGGGAAAAAAUGCGCAUGGAGCAACAGGAGAAGAAGAUCAUUGCCGACAUUAAAAAACUCGCCAAAGAGGGACAAAUGGAAGCUGUUAAAAUAAUGGCUAAGGAUCUUGUGAGAACAAGAAGAUACGUUAAGAAGUUUAUGCUAAUGAAAGCUAAUAUUCAGGCUGUUUCAUUGAAAAUACAAACACUACGUUCUCAGAAUACCAUGGCGCAAGCUAUGAAGGGUGUAACCAAAGCAAUGCAGAGUAUGAAUAAACAACUGAAUUUACCACAAAUCCAAAAAAUAUUACAAGAAUUUGAGAAGCAGUCCGAAAUAAUGGAUAUGAAGGAAGAAAUCAUGAAUGAUGCCAUUGACGAUGCAAUGGAAGAUGAAGGAGAUGAAGAAGAAAGCGACGCUGUUGUCUCCCAAGUCCUGGAUGAACUUGGCCUGCAAUUGACAGAUCAAUUGUCUGGUUUACCUCAAGCAUCCGGAUCUUUGAGUGUGACAGGAAAUAAGCAACCUAUUGCAACAGCAGUUGGAGGUGGCGGAACCACAGGCGGUUCAGACGGAGCUGGUAAUGUCAAUGAUGCGGACGCAGACUUGCAAGCAAGGCUCGAAAACUUACGUCGUGAAUAAACUCCACAUUCAUACCAAUUAUUAUAAAUCUAUAAAUACUGUACAGAAAUUGCUUAACAUAUUGUGAUAAAUCAAGAGCUAGCUGGAACCUAUGAAGAUCUUCACGCAGCCGACGCAAAUUAUAUCCGUAUUUGAUCUUCUGCAUGUCGGGAACAUGUUUUUGUUUUUUAUACGCAUUAAUGAUAAUUGAUGCAGCUUAUUGGUUUCACAGUCGUAUAAAACAUUACUAUACUUAAAGUACCAACUGCUUAUUAAGAUAGACUGAAGAUUCUCGUGACUCGAGGCCAGUGGCCACAGUACUAGAAAUCGUUUCAAAUUCUUGAACUCGAGCUAAAACAACUCUGAAAUUGGUUAC